AUGUAUGGGUUAUUAUUGGAGAAUCUCUCCGAGUAUAUCAAAUCCGUUUACGGUGAGGACAAAUGGGAGGAUAUACGACGUCAAUCUGGCAUCGAUUCGCCAUCGUUCAGUGUGCAUCAAGUUUAUCCAGAGAAUAUGCUGAACAAGUUGGCGAAAAAGGCGCAACAGGUACUCGGUGUUUCCGAACGUGAAUUCAUGGACCAAAUGGGUGUUUAUUUUGUCGGCUUUGUUGGUCAAUAUGGUUACGAUCGCGUUCUCUCCGUACUUGGUCGACAUAUGCGCGACUUUCUCAAUGGACUCGAUAACCUGCAUGAAUACUUAAAGUUCUCCUACCCCCGCAUGCGUGCGCCAUCAUUCAUUUGUGAAAAUGAGACACGACAAGGACUCACAUUACACUAUCGUUCGAAGCGGCGCGGUUUCGUCUACUACACAAUGGGCCAAAUACGUGAAGUGGCACGACAUUUCUACCACAAGGAAAUGCACAUCGAAUUGGUGCGCGAGGAGAUUCUCUUCGAUACGGUGCAUGUGACAUUUCAGCUGACAUUCGAUAAUCGUGCAUUUACACUGGCUUCGUUGGCGAUGACGCGCGAAGAGAAACACUUGCCCAUCAGUGCACAUGUACUCUUUGAAAUAUUUCCAUUUUGCAUCGUAUUUGGUGCCGAUAUGGUGGUACGUAGCAUUGGUAAUUCCCUGAUGGUCAUUCUGCCCGACCUACUUGGCCAGAAGAUUACCGCCUGGUUCGAUCUGGUGCGUCCAUUAAUUGCCUUCAAAUUCCAAACCAUUUUAAACAGAACGAAUAAUAUUUUCGAAUUAGUCACAGUGGAGCCUGUGACCGACCGCGUUGCACUUCAGCCCUCCACUGAACUUUUGCUGCACGAUGAUGGAUCUGAACCCGAAAAGACGUUGCGCUUAAAAGGUCAAAUGGUUUACAUGGAAAAUUGGCGUAUGAUCAUGUUCCUGGGCACGCCGGUUAUGCCUGAUCUCAAUUCACUCAUUACAACCGGGUUGUAUAUCAAUGAUUUGUCAAUGCAUGACUUUAGCAGAGAUCUCAUGUUGGCCGGUACACAGCAAUCCGUCGAACUCAAAUUAGCGCUCGAUCAAGAACAACAAAAGUCGAAGAAGCUAGAAGAGUCUAUGCGUAAGCUGGACGAAGAAAUGAGACGUACAGAUGAGUUGCUCUAUCAGAUGAUACCGAAGCAAGUGGCUGAUCGGCUGAGACGUGGCGAAAAUCCGAUUGAUACAUGUGAGAUGUUCGACUGCGUGUCCAUACUUUUUGCUGAUGUGGUCACAUUUACCGAAAUCUGCAGUCGCAUCACACCCAUGGAGGUGGUGUCCAUGCUAAAUGCAAUGUACUCCAUAUUCGACACACUCACCGAAAGAAAUAAUGUAUAUAAAGUUGAAACAAUUGGCGAUGCCUACAUGGUUGUGUCAGGUGCGCCAGAAAAGUCUGCAAAUCAUGCGGAUAAAGUUUGUGAUAUGGCCUUGGAUAUGGUUGAUGCCAUAACGGAUCUAAAAGAUCCCUCGACAGGCCAACAUUUGCGCAUACGUGUUGGCGUGCAUUCCGGCGCAGUUGUUGCUGGUAUUGUGGGUUUGAAAAUGCCACGAUAUUGUCUCUUUGGAGAUUCGGUUAAUACGGCGUCACGCAUGGAAUCCACGGGCGCCGCCAUGAAGGUUCACGUUUCCGAACCAGCCAAGCAAUUUCUAAGUCCUUGCUACAAAAUGACUGAGCGUGGUGAGAUCGAUGUGAAGGGUAAGGGUCCCAUGAAAACCUAUUGGCUGGAGGAACGUGAAAAUCGCAAAUCAUUACAGUUGCCGCCCGAACUAUUUCACCCGAUUUCGACGUUCACUGCGCCGACUGCUACCGCUACAACUAGCUCUAUUCCAUCUACAGCGCCAUCUACAUCCGAUCGUCGCUUGAGUGUGUCACAGACGCUGAAGGCGAUUAUGCCAGCGGCUGCUCAACCGGUUAUAGGUUCCGUCGAACGUAUGCAAUUGGCCAAUGCCACAAGCGCUAUGAUAAACUCAAUGGAUCCGGGGACGAGUAUAUCAACAACGCCACAGACUAGUGCCAGCAAGGAACGUGGACGUAUAUACUCGCCGGUAACUUUCACAGAUGUUGCACGUCGCAGCAUAGCCAAUUCACCGGUGCGCAAUGCUUUUAACAAUAAUGAGCGUGGUCGUGAAUCGCGUUCAAACUCGAUGGGGCACGUUUUCAUGCGUUCGCCUAGCGACAUUUUCGGUUCCCUCGUUUUAGAUACAGAAGAAUUUUUGGAAGACUUACAAUACUCACGAAGUUCAUUGGUUAAUAGUGCCACCAGCUCAGCGCUUUGCCCCUACAGCCCUGCGCCUACCUUCCGCAUUGGCAGCGCACCGUCAAAGCCACGUCCAAAUGAUCCCGAUCAAUUUACUCCCGAAGAGCUGGCAGCAAUGGAACAGAUUACACCACCAUCGACAGCGCCACCUCGUGAAACUCUCACCUGCAAAGUGGCACCAUCGACAUCGUCAGCAUCAGCGUCGCUGGAGAAAUCCAAAGCCAGGUAGGUGUCGGCGCAUUGCGAGCAUACGGCACAGUCAACCAGCGCUCCGGAAGCCGCUGCAGCCUCCACCCCAGUGCCACCUAUACCGAAGGGUACGGCAGUUGCGAUUCCCACUACAUCCGUUACGAAACCUAUACCAGCAAGUAAGAAUAUAUCAUUCGACAGCAGUCGUACGUCAUCACAUGAAUCGUUAUCGCCCUGUUCGCCACCGAUUCGCUCCAAUUCCGCACCUCUACCAAUGUCCAAGUCAGCACGUAAAGCAUUCCUCGCUGCAAAACAAACAAAAGCGAUAGAAAAGUUGGAUAGAAUGAUUGAAGAAGCGAGCGAAGUUGAUGUGCAAAACAAGCGUGCAAAUAUGCGACGGAUGGCUGCCUUUCGGGAUGAAGGUGGUGGCGAUGAGGGCGGUGGUGGUUGUCCGCUCUUUUUGCCACCACCACCACCACCAGGUCCACAAAUGACAAACUCCUUAUCAGAUUCGGGCAUAGCACAUCAUGGUCACAAUCACAGCUAUUCGUCUGUGCACUACGCUACUUGUCAUCAUGGUCACCAACCUAAAAUGGCCAACAGUCAUAGUUUCAGUCACGCGCGUACAUCGGGUCAUCAGUGUUGUGCAGGCUAUAAUCACUCUAAUGGGCGACAUAGAGUGCAUUCCAAUGCAUGUCAAUUGCUGUAAGGGCGACGGCCAGCUAUACGAAUUGUGCUCGUGAAGGUGCCACACAGGUGUACUCUGGUAUAUUAGUGGCGGAAAAACUAACAUAAGAAACAAAACCAUGAAUAGUACCAAAGAAAAUAAAUAUUUAUUUAAAUUA